AUGAUUGAAGCAUUGAGCGAAGCGCUUGUAGCUCAUGAUGAUCCAAGAUUAACACCAUUCUACCAACUUCGACAACAUUUAAAACAGCAGCAAUCAAAACAACAACAACUUUACCAACAUCCACUUCCAGAACAACAACAACAACAACAACAACAACAAUUCUAUCAACAACAGUUUCCAGAACAACAACAACAGCAACAACAAUUUUAUCAAUCUCAACUUCCUGAGCAACAGCAACAAUUUUAUCAGUCUCAGUUACCUGCACAACAUCAACAACAAUUUUAUCAAACUCAAUUUCCAGAACAACAACAACAACAACAACAACAACAGCAACAGUUUUAUCAAACUCAGUUUCCUGUACAACAACAACAAUUUUAUCAAACUCAAUUUCCAGAACAACAACAACAACAACAACAACAAUUCUAUCAAACUCAGCUUCCAGAACAACAACAACAACAACAACAAUUUUAUCAAACUCCGUUUCUAGGACAACAACAACAAUUGAACCAACAACAGUUCCUAGAACAACAACAUUUUCAACAACCGACCCAAUUGCCUGAACAACAACGCCAACAACAACCAAUCCAACAUAAUCACCAGCCUGAGCCACAACGACAACAACCACCAAUCCAACAGAAUCAAAUACCUGAGCCACAACAGCAACAACAACCAAUUCAACAAAACCACCUACCUGAAUCACAACAGCAACAAAAUCCUGACUAUACAGAUACUCGAGGCUACUACUAUCCAUAUCCGUAUCAAAAUGUCAAUUGGUAUAAUUUUCCUUAUGUAUUAUCUUCUGUAGCAGGUAGUGGUCAAUUCGAUUCAACAGCGCCAUUUGCUGGUUUUGGUGCUCAUCCGACUGGUACUGGUACUGGUACUGGUACUGGUACUGCUAGUGAUUGUCCAGUAGGUUUUUGUCCACGUGGUGCUACUUGCUCACAACUUUCAGGUCAAUGGCAAUGUGGAUGCGGUACAAAUGGUUGUGUUGGAAUCCCAAAUCCAUGUGGUAUCUAUGGUCGAUACUAUUUUCCUUAUUAUCCUGAUGCAUCAAGAUUUAUUCAAUGUGAUCAAACUGGUGUUUUCUGGAUUCGUAAAUGUGCUCCUGGCACUAUUUUCGAUCCUAAAAUAAGUGUUUGCAAUUAUCCACCUGUUGUUGUCGAAACUGGCAAAAAAUAA